GACGCUCCGCCCAGCCACGCCAACUUAGGGCUUGUCUUCCUCCAGCUAGAACCCUGUCUUUUCUGGGCCAAGCCAGCUACCGGGGCUGUUGGAAUACCAUCCCUCGCUGUUGCCCCUGGGGCCUCGGUGGGGGAAUGUCACCAGAGCAGAGCCCGGCGUGAGCCUGCUAUGAGCCUGAAGAUGGGCUGGCGUCCGGGUGUGCUCUGCGGGGUGACUGAAAAUGGGUGCAUUGCCCUUAGACAUCAACAUCCAGGAACCUCGCUGGGACCAAAGCACUUUCCUGGGCAGAGCCCGGCACUUCUUCACUGUUACUGACCCCCGAAAUCUGCUGCUGUCUGGGGCGCAGCUAGAAGCUUCACGGAGCAUCGUGCAGAACUACAGGGCAGGCGUGGUGACCCCAGGGCUGACGGAGGACCAGCUGUGGAGGGCCAAGUAUGUGUAUGACUCUGCGUUCCACCCGGACACGGGGGAGAAGGUGGUCCUGAUCGGCCGCAUGUCCGCCCAGGUGCCCAUGAACAUGACCAUCACCGGCUGCAUGCUCACCUUCUACAGGAAGACCCCGACCGUGGUGUUCUGGCAGUGGGUGAAUCAGUCCUUCAAUGCUGUCGUUAACUACUCCAACCGCAGUGGCGACGCUCCCAUCACCGUGGGGCAGCUAGGGACAGCCUACGUGAGUGCCACCACCGGGGCAGUGGCCACAGCCUUGGGACUCAAAUCCCUCACCAAGCACCUGCCCCCACUCGUGGGCAGGUUCGUGCCCUUUGCAGCUGUGGCUGCUGCCAACUGCAUCAACAUCCCCCUGAUGAGACAGAGGGAGCUGCAGGUGGGCAUCCCAGUGACUGACGAGGCGGGCCAGAGGCUUGGCUACUCGGUGACCGCAGCCAAGCAGGGCAUCUUCCAGGUGGUGAUAUCGAGAAUCUGCAUGGCAAUCCCUGCCAUGGCCAUUCCCCCCCUGAUCAUGGACCGUCUGGAGAAGAAAGACUUCCUGAAGCGCCGCCCCUGGCUGGGGGCACCUCUGCAGGUGGGACUGGUGGGCUUCUGCCUGGUGUUUGCCACCCCCCUGUGCUGCGCCCUGUUCCCCCAGAGGAGCUCCAUCCAUGUGAGCAGGCUGGAGCCCGAGCUGAGAGCUGAGAUCCGAGAGCGGAACCCCAGCACCGAAGUGGUUUACUACAACAAGGGGCUUUGAGGGGAGCCAGCCUCCAUCCCCUCCCUCACCUCUCUGGGCUGCUGCUUUAGUGAUGCCUUGCCGUCCCUGCCACUCGGCCAUCUGCCUGGUACUGGGCCUGGGUGGGGGGGCAGCCAUUGAGACCAGCAAUCCGUCAGGCCAGGGGAGGUGGCCCAGAAGCCUUUCUCUCUCCUCUCUGGUUUCAAACAGCAGGGUCACAUAGCCCCUUCCUCCUCUGCUUCUGUGUCUAAGUACAUAUAUACAUACAUGAGACAUGUAUGUGUUUGGACGUCUGCUCCUGGGAUAGUCUGCUUUCUGGCUUCCUUCUCAGCCUCCUGCCCACCUGCUGGCCAGCCAGGUUACAGGUGGGACUUCCUUCCCUAAACUGUCCCUGUGGUGGAGUCAUUUCUGAUAGCACCUCACCGCUUCUGGAGACAGGAGGAGCCGCAGGGUCUCAGGACAGAGGCUGAGGGGCACUAGCCGGCCACACUGGUUUCUGGUCCCCAGCUCCCAGAGCUGACCAGCAGCCCGGCUAGUGGAGGGAGGAGGAAGACAUGCUGGGAUGGGGCGGCAGUGGGGUCUGGGGCUUGUGCCCCUCAGUGCCUUCCCUCACCCUGGAACAGCUCUGCCUCUCCUCCCCUCUGCCGGCACGAAGGAGUGUCAUACCCUGUCCUGCCCUGCUGCCUCCCCUGUCCCCACCCCACAACAUGGGGCUUGUAGGCACCACCUUGGGAGCUCCUGGACUGCUCUGACUCUAUGACCUCCAGUCUGGACGCCACAAUCCCACCUCCUACAAUCCGAAAGCCAGCCAACAUUCCCCUUGAGAGCUCCCACCACUCCCUCUCGAAGGGACACAGUGCGGGCACGGUGCUUACACUCCACAGUGUCCGAGUGGGAGUAACUAGGACACCCUCGAGGGCAGCUGGGCCCUGAGUAUAUGCAGCCCUAGGACAGGCCUCAGACAUUCAGCCAAACCCUCCCUGAGCUCUUCUUUCUUGAGGCUUGGCCAUGCUCCUACCUCCACCAACCCUGCAAAAAGAAAAAGGGCCCACGGUUCAGUGGCUGGUUGAGCUAGAAGGUGGGGUGAAAACGGGCAGAUCGUACAGUUAGAUCUCCACUCCAGCUCCCUUGACCCCUGGCUGAAGUGUGGAUAGACGGAAGGGCCUGGGGGGCUCCUAUGAGGUCACUUCCUGUCCCCCCAGUCAGCUGCCCCAGUGGUAGCAGCUGUGUUGCCGUUGUCCGUCAAUAAACCGCAAACCUGUCUGCUU